AUGCCAUCCCAACGGACGGGCAGUUCUUCGGUGAAGCCGGUAAUCACAAAGAGGACACAAGAAGAAAAUCGAGAACGGGCAUAUAUCGCUGCGUCUCGUCGCAGUGACCGCACUCUGGAAGCACGAGUUGAGUCUGCGCGACGGGCUUCUGAGAUCCACAAGCGACGAACUGGCCGAUCGCUUCGCGUCACUGAACAGCAUGUCGUCAAUGAAGAGAUGUACGAAGAGGAGGAUGUUGACUUGCCAACGCGGUACCGUCGUUUGACUGCUCAUCUGCAGACUCAGAGCGCCGAGUUCAACCAACGCUUCCAGGCCUACGUCGUCAAUGGUAUUGCGAUGAGGCAGGCAGUCGGUCAUGCCACUGCAGACACGAUGCAAGCGGGCAACAAUAGAUAUAAGCCCAACGACAUCAUGCAGAUGUCACGACAGCAACGGAUGCGACGGGGCAUGCCGCCACCACAAAUGUACCAUACUUCACCCGCCAACUACAGACAGCAGCCUUACCUCAUGCCACAGAACAACCAGGCAGUGCGACAAAACUACCAUAGUCAGUCCACUGCGCAGCCUACGGCACAAACAAAGUACCAACCGCACCACUCGCAAUCUGAUCAAAUCAGCUCGGUGGAAGCAAGGUCGAUAGUGGAGCGGCGCACAUUGCUAGCCGCACAAAACAUGAUGCCACAGACCCCUGUCUCCUACCAAAGGCUGCUGCAGUCGCCAGUUCAUCAUUGGUCUCCACGCUCCAGGCGUGGCUUGUCAACCGAUCUCGCUGUAGGUCACAACAUCAAGCCGGAGUCGACGCACCAGGUAGCGACGGCGCCAGAGAAUCGGCAGCAGCAACCACAGCCUUGGCAUCAGCAAUCUCUGACUUCGCCCUUCAGUAUCAACCCCAAGCACCAGCUCAACGAUGGUAUGAACCCGUUCACCAUGCAACUACCUAUGGAAGCUCAGCAGGUUCCUGAAGACGCGUGGCCACAUGACUUGCCUAUAGCAAGCCAGACGUUUAGCCAAUCUAGCUACUCGUACAACCCAAAUGGCAACAUGAAGCGUAAUACAAUGCAGCAAGGACCACACCUUUGCCAAACACUGAUGCAAUCAUCGAUGGACGCGGUACCCACGGGUCUCGACGAGAGCUCAGUGAUAUCGCCAUAUUCAGCACUUGCGAAUACCGGUUUCAGCUUCAUCCCGCAGACAUUGCACCAGUGGGGUUUUGGUUCCAACCAAGACGUCAACGCAGAGCUCUUCAAGGAUCACUAUGAUGUCCUGGACGACAUUGGCCAGAUCACUCCACACGACGACGGCUGGUUGAAGUAA